AUGUUCAACAAAUCAUUAAUAAAUAUUUUUCUUUAUUAUAACAUUCCAAUUAUUAUUUUUGUCUUUUAUUUUUGGAUUAUUAAUGGAAGUGAUAGUUGUAAUAUAAUUCGAUUUAAAUAUUAUCCUUCUUUAAUAGAUAAAAUACUUGAUCCUCAAUAUUGGACUGUAAUUGUUUCAUUAAUAAUUGCAUGUUUAGUGUGUAUUGAAUAUGAUAAGCAUUUUUGUAUUUAUUUUACUUCAAUUAUUGAUGUUUUAAAUGCAUAUGUCUUUCAUCGUUGGAAUUAUUAUAUUAUUUGUAUGUUAAAAGUAUCUUUAAAUGAUAUACAUUGUACUGAAAUUGGAAAAAUAAAAUUUAAUGGAAUUAGUGGUCAUUAUUUCACUAUUAUUUAUUUUUUUGGAAUUUUUCUAUAUUUAUUAUCUUCUAUACCUCAUUCAAAUACUUCAAUAUUUGUUUCAUUUAAACGACAUUUUUCAAUUUGUUAUUUUCCUUUAAUUCACUACUUUUCAGGAUCGAAUAGAUUUAAUAAAUAUAAUAAAAAACCUUCAGUUCGUAUUAUUUUGUGUUCUGUUGGUCUUCUUCUUUAUAUCAUUUUUUCUUAUUUAUGUAUGUAUAAUACUCUCAUUUAUGGUUUUCAUUCUCCUCGUCAACUUCUUUAUGGUAUUAUUGCAUCAUUUAUUGCUCUUGUAACAUACUCUUUUUUCCUUCAAAUUCCUUUUAUUUAUCGAAGUGUUGUGAAUUUUAUUCUUUAUACAAGUUGUUAUUUCAUUCUUUGUUUAGUUACAAAACAAUCAGUAACUAAUGACAAACUCAUUUUAUUCCCAUUAUGCUCAUUAGUUAUGACUCUUUUUUAUUCAUUUUGGACAAUACCAUCUAAUGAAAUUGAAGAUUAA